GGCCGCGGGGCGGCGCCGGGACAGGAAGCGGAAAGCCAGCACUGCGGCGGCGGGUCGGCGUCCACUGCUCCCAGCAGCAGGCCCCGGAGUCGGGGCCGCGGGGUGCCGAGACCGCCAAGCCUAACCGGCCGACCGGAAGGGUUUGCUCCCACUCUGCUUCCCUGGCUCCUGAGGCUGUUGACGCCAGUGGGGGCCACAGGCCACGCCUGAGGACGACGCCACCGAGGCCCUCCAUUGCUAUGGACACCGAGUCCACGUACUCAGGGUACUCCUACUACUCAAGCCAUUCCAAGAAGUCUCACAGACAGGGAGAAAGAACUAGAGAGAGACACAAAUCACCCAGGAAUAAAGAUGGCAGAGGGUCAGAAAAAUCUGUCACCAUUCAAGCUCCCCCCGGAGACCCCCUGCUGGCCAAUGACUCCACGACACAGACUGAGGAAGUGCAGGAUGAUAACUGGGGUGAGACCACCACCGCCAUCACGGGCACCUCAGAGCACAGCCUAUCCCAAGAGGACAUUGCCCGGAUCGGCAAGGACCUGGAGGACAGUGUGGGGCUGGACUGCCGGCGCCACCUGGGCCUGGCCCUGGCUGCCUUCCUGGGCCUGCUGGUCUUCCUCACGCCCGUGGCCUUCCUCCUGCUGCCGCCCCUGCUAUGGAGGGCUGAGCUGGAGCCCUGCGGCCCCAUCUGCGAGGGGCUCUUCAUCUCCAUGGCCUUCAAGCUCCUUAUCCUGCUCGUGGGCACCUGGGCACUGUUCUUCCGCCGGCCGCGGGCCGCCGUGCCCCGACUGUUCGUCUUCCGCGCCCUGCUCCUGGUGCUCAUCUUCCUGUGUGUGGUCUCCUACUGGCUCUUCUAUGGGGUCCGCAUCCUGGACUCACGGGACCGCAGCUACCAGGGCAUCGUGCAGUACGCGGUCUCGCUCCUGGACACGCUGCUCUUCAUCCACUACCUGGCCAUUGUCCUGCUGGAGCUGCGGCAGCUGCAGCCUGCCUUUACCCUGCAGGUGCUGCGCUCCUCCGACGGCGAGGCCCGCUUCUACAGUCUGGGCCACCUGAGCAUCCAGCGAGCGGCUCUGGUGGUGCUGGAAAAUUACUACAAAGAUUUCUCCAUCUAUAACCCAAACCUCUUAACAGGCUCCAAGUUCCGAGCAGUGAAGCACAUGGCGGGCCUGAAAGUCUACGACGUGGACGGCCCUGCAAACAACACCACGGGCCAGUCCCGGGCUAUGAUUGCUGCAGCCGCAAGGCGCAGGGACUCCAGCCACAACCAGCUGUAUUACGAAGAGGCGGAGCACGAACGGCGGGUGAAGAAGCGGAGAGCAAGGCUGGUGGUGGCCGUGGAAGAGGCCUUCAUCCACAUCCAACGUCUGCAGGCGGAGGAGCAGCAGAAGGCCCCUGGGGAGGUGAUGGACCCCAGGGAGGCGGCACAGGCCAUCUUCCCGUCCAUGGCAAGGGCCCUACAGAAGUACCUGCGCACCACGCGCCAGCAGCACUACCACAGCAUGGAGGGCAUCCUGCAGCACCUGGCCUUCUGCAUCACCCACAGCAUGACCCCUAAGGCAUUUCUAGAGCGAUACCUCAGCACAGGCCCCACGUUGCAGUACGACAGGGACCGCUGGCUGGCGACGCAGUGGAGGCUGGUCAGCGAGGAGGCGGUGACGAGCGGGCUGCGUGACGGGAUGGUGUUCGUCCUGAAGUGCCUGGACUUCAGCCUGGUGGUCAGCGUGAAGGAGAUGCCCUUCACCGUCCUCUCUGAGGAGUUCCUGGACCCCAAGUCCCAUAGGUUUGUUCUGCGCUUGCAGUCGGAGACGUCUGUCUAGAACUUGCGUAGCUGCGGCUUUACUUAACAAGCAGCAGCAGCAGCGGGAGAGUACAUGCAGAGUCGCUUCUGCCCAGAGGUCUUUCUAUAAACUCCUUGUGGAUUGACGCUGGCAGGGACAGCAGCACCUGUGCGCCCGCACUUUACUUGAAGGAAGCGGAGGUUCCACCAGACAAUGGCCACUGGUGGCACAUGGGGCUUUCUCGUGGAUGGAACUUUUCUAGAAGCUGUGCCUAGAGUUCCUGGGACAGCUGUUAACCAAAGCAGAGCUGCUGCUGCCAGCAGGGAGCCUGCCCUGCCCAGCACUGACCCUCUGGGCUCAUUCCUGUGACAGCUGUCAAUCAAAGCAUAGUUUCUAUGGGAGCCCCGCCCCCCAGCACCAUCGCCCACCCCCUCAUCUCCUUCCUGUGACAGUUGCCAAUCAAAGUGGAGCCCUGCACCCACCCAACACCAACCUCCCACUCCCCAUUUCUGGGCCACUCCUUAGAUGCUUCAAGAGGACUUGUCCUUAUUUGGCUUCAGGGCACCAGAUACU